GUAUUGGUAAUCUCCCUCAUCAUCAUUAUUCAUUACUUCCCUUUCCUUUUAAAAAGCAAGUACUUCUCUCUGUACUUCCCACCAUUUUCUCUAUCCAACUCCAACAAACCUCUAAUGGCAAAAUCCAUGAAGCAAGAAAAUUACUUUGACCUCCUCAACGAAGAAAUCCUCUUCUUAAUCCUCGAUCAUCUCUCAAUCGAAGAUGACCACCUCGCCGUAAAAUCAUUUUCUCUCUCCUCCAAAUCAUUCCACUCCGCCGAAUCAAAACACAGAGGAUCAGCCAAACUCCUCCGACCCGAAUUCCUCCCUUGCGUCCUCCGUCGUUACCACUUCCUAUCUCAUCUCGACCUCUCUCUCUGCCCCCGCAUCACCGACUCUCAACUCCAAACGGCGUCGUCUUUAGGACCCGCCUUGCGUUCCCUCAAGCUCACUUUAUGCAGGUUUGUUACCGGGUUAGGGGUCUCGGAUCUGGUAUCAAAAUGCCCGAAUUUGGUGGAGCUGGACCUUAGUAAUGCCACUGAACUUAGUGACUCCGCCGCCGCCGCCAUUUCCCGGGCCCGGAAUUUGGAGAGGUUGUUAAUGGUGAGGUGUAAACGGGUAUCAGAUAUGGGAAUCGGGUGUAUUGCUGUUGGGUGUAAGAAAUUGAAGAGGAUUAGUCUGAAAUGGUGUUUAAGGGUUACUGAUUUAGGGGUUGGUCUUCUUGCUCUCAAAUGCAAGGACCUUUGCAGCUUGGAUCUGUCUUAUGUCCCGAUUACAGAGAAAAGCCUUACGCCUAUAUUGCAACUAUCUUAUCUAGAAGAUCUAGUGUUAGUGGGAUGUCUUGGCAUUGAUGAUGACGGGCUUGCUUUUCUUGAUAAAGGUCACACUAUGUUGAAGACACUUGAUUUAUCCAACCGUCAGAACAUCAGUCACACUGGUAUAGCAAAUUUGACUAGAGGUGCUGGAUGUCUGAAAGAAAUUAUAUUAGCAUAUGGCUCAGCUGUUACACUUGACGUGGCAAAAUGUCUUGAGAAUUUCUCAAUGUUGCAAUGUCUUAGUUUAGAUGGUUCCCCGGUCACUUGUUCUGCAUUGAGGAUGAUAGGAAACUUGUCUUGUUCUCUCAGAGAGCUUAGCUUGAGUAAAUGCUCGGGUGUAACUGAUGAAGGCAUUGCCUGUAUCGUGAGGAAGCAUACUCAAUUGAGAAAAUUAGAUAUCACAUGUUGCCGUAAGAUAUCAGUUGUAUCUAUUGACUGCAUCACAAGUUCAUGUACUGCUCUCACUUCCCUUAAGAUGGAGGCUUGCUCUCGUAUCUCUGCAGAUGCUUUUGUAUUCAUUGGACAACGGUGUCGAGUCCUAGAGGAGUUAGAUGCAACAGAUAAUAAUAUAGAUGAUGAAGGUCUAAAAUCUAUAUCUAGAUGCUCCAGGCUUUCCUGCUUUAAGUUAGGGAUCUGCCUUGGCAUAAGUGAUGAAGGCCUGAUUCAAGUCGGGAUGCGUUGCUCUCAGUUAAAAGAGAUUGAUUUAUACAGGGCCAUAAGAAUAUCUGAUGAAGGCAUUGCAUCAAUAGCUCAAGGCUGCCCUAUUCUUGAGUUGAUCAACAUUGCAUAUUGUGAUCAAGUUACCGAUGUCUCUCUAAUAUCGUUAUCAAAAUGUUGGAGAUUAAAAGCAUUGGAAGCCAGAGGGUGCUCGCUUAUCACAUCAAAAGGUCUAGCGUCCAUUGCUGCUGGAUGUGGGCAACUUAUGGUACUAGACAUAAAAAAGUGUUACAAAAUCAACAACUCUGGAAUGAUUCCUCUAGCUCGUCAUUCCUUAAACCUCAAACAGAUAAAUCUGUCAUAUUGCUCAGUUACUGACGCUGGGCUGUUAGCAUUAGCGAGCAGGAGCCCGUUGCAGAACAUUACGAUAUUACAUUUGGCCGGACUGAGCCCAAAUGGACUAGCAGCAGCCUUGCUGGCCUGCAGGGGAUUAAAGAAAGCGAAGAUCCAUGAAUCCUUUAAAGCUAUGCUUCCUCAAUCUCUUCUAAAUCACAUGGAGAGCCGCGGCUGUAUAUUUCACUGGAGAGACAAAGCCUUUCAACCUCAGGUGAUCUCCCUCGAUAAAUCCCUUUUCUUGUGUUUAAUAACAAAUGACCGAGAAAAUCCGAAUCAUUGAAUUCUAGACAAGAUGCAUUAAAAUAUAGGGAGUACUACUUGAUGGUUGACAAAUGACUGAGAAAAUUCCUUUAUGAGUUGAGCAGGUUGACACAGACCCAUUGAACUGGAACCUACAAAGUACUCCGUAGUAGACACUCAGGACCCAUUACAUUUGGACCAGGCAGAAGAACACAUCUACUUAUUUUAUUUUAGUUUUUUUCUUUCACUUUUGCCCUGAUUUGUUUGUAUUUUUAAUGAGAAAUGAGAAAUCCCAUGAUCUUUACAUAUAAUGAGGGACAACAACUUGAUAAGGACUUAAUUUAACAGAAAUUUUGUUAUCAAUUAAAAUUAUUAUUAUUGUACGUCUGUCAACUUUGUGAUAAUGUUAUUAUAUAGGAUUAGAUAGCGUA